UGCACAGUAAAUUGAUAACUGUUGAUAACCGAUUAUCAAGUUUAAAGAAUACCAUCUAGCGUUUCAUCCAGCCGACAACUUGAGGUUAACUAAAAUGGCGGAGAUGCAUUUACAGUUGCUAUGAUUCCUCAUGUACGGUAAAAAUUGAUAACCUCUAAGACAGCAGGGUGAGUGUUAAUUAUGGCAGCCGGCCCGAUUGCUGAACGCAAUCAAGAUGCUACGAUAUAUGUCGGUGGCUUGGAUGACAAAGUCACAGAAUCCCUUAUGUGGGAACUGUUUGUACAAUCGGGACCUGUGGUCAAUGUCCAUAUGCCUAAAGACAGAGUGACUCAAAUGCAUCAAGGUUAUGGAUUUGUUGAAUUUAUGGGAGAAGAAGAUGCAGACUAUGCCAUUAAAAUAAUGAAUAUGAUAAAAUUGUAUGGAAAACCAAUAAGAGUGAAUAAAGCAAGCGCUCAUCAAAAGAACCUGGAUGUGGGAGCCAACAUUUUCAUUGGAAAUCUUGAUCCAGAAGUGGAUGAAAAACUAUUGUAUGACACUUUCAGUGCAUUUGGGGUGAUACUUCAAACACCAAAGAUAAUGAGGGAUCCUGAAACAGGAAACUCAAAGGGUUUCGCAUUCAUAAACUUCGCCUCAUUCGACGCAUCCGACGCGAGUAUAGAAGCGAUGAACGGACAAUACCUAUGCAACAGACCCAUUUCCGUAUCGUACGCUUUUAAACGCGACGCUAAGGGAGAAAGGCACGGCAGUGCAGCCGAAAGACUGCUAGCCGCUCAAAAUCCACUGAGUCAAGCGGACAGGCCUCAUCAACUCUUUGCCGACGCUCCUCCAUUGGCGCCGCCCCCGAUGCCAAAUUCAAACCCAGCUCAUCAGCCUUCUCAUCAUCCUCAACACCACGUGAUGCACCACGGAAUGGUUGUUCCACCUCCACCACCACCGUCGACACCUGGACCUCCGAUGGGUCACCCUCCGCCGCCUCCUGUUCCACCUCCACCAUCGAGCGGUUUCCCUCCAUCCAGCAUUCCUCCACCUCCGUUACCACCGAUGUCGAUGGCAGCCCAUCCUCCUCUACCACCUGGUAUGCCACCUCCGUUACCACCUAUGCCCGUUCCAACGUCACAGGCGCAAGGGGCACCCAGAAUGAUGGCACCACCGCCCCAUUGGGGUGUUGGUGGGCCACCUCAAGGUCAGUUUCCACCGCCUCCGCCGCCCUCUUCCACCGGAGCACCUCCACCGCAAUUUGGACAAUUUCAACCGCCGCCACCGCGACCACCGCCUGGUUGGAGACAUCCACCGCCUCCUCCAGUGUCGCAGGGAGGCCCGCCACCACCUCCGCCUCCGCCACCACAGUUCCGACCGCCAUUCCCACCGAGAGGUCCACCGCCACCGCCACCCCCUCACGAUGCGAAUCAAUAUUAAGAUUACUGUCCAUCUUACCAAUCGUCGCUUGACCAAACGUAAUGUAACAAUUUUUACUGUGUUCACGAUGUUGAAUCAGACUGGAGAAUAGAUUGUACAAAUACGUAUUUCAUACAAGAAUUUCGUAAUAAACUUCUGAAUCAUGAAUUAUGGACUU